AUGAUAUUUACUCAACGCUCGUACAUCUUAGGAGCAAUAUUUUCUGUUUCCACAUACAGUGCUUUUCCGAAUGAUAAUAUCGAUGAUACAUCUGCAAUUCAAGCAGCCAUUAAUAAAGCUAUUGAAGCCGGUCCAAAUAAUGUCGUUGUGUUUCAAUCUGGUACAUAUAAUUUCAAAUCAGCUAUUGGAAUAUACAGCGCGAUUAAAUUGACAAUCAUAGGUCAAGGAGUGCAACAAACACUUUUACUUGGUAAUAAAUUAGCAGCAAUGUUCCAACCUUUAAACUGUCAAGAACUGACAAUCACUGUAUUAGCCAUCGAUUUCGAUCCUCUUCCAUUCACUGCUGGUUAUGUAGUGAGUGUGAGCACAAGUUAUCUCGAUGUUCAAGUGGUAUCACCACAUAGAGCUGAUGUUGGUCGACAAGUUCAUGCUAUUCUUCGAUAUAAUCCAGCAAUGCCUGAUGUACUUAAUGUUGGAGUUGAUAUACGUUUGGAAUUCGGCAGUAGUCAACAACCGUUCACGGUCUAUACAAGACGAACUGUAGCUUCGUUGUCAGUUAAUGGUCCUGAUACACCAGUAUUCGUAUUUACAAACAAUCGAGCAUGUGAUGUCCUAUUAAAAAUACGACAUGUUCAUAUAACAAAUUCAUUGUUCAUUGGAACAAGUGGACCAACAGUACUAUUUGAAACAUUCAUGUAUUGGCAUGAAAGUGUCGCGACACAAGAUUCUACAAUUAAUCCGGAUUAUUAUGACACUACAAAUUCUUGCUGCGAAGAUUUACGUGAUUUAAUUGAUUUAUUGCCAUCAGGCUUUGAUUUAUGUUUUCCUUCACCUGCAAUGGCAACAAAAACUGAUGUUCAAGUUUACGGCCCUCAUUUUUUAUAA